GGGAGUGGAGCCGACGCAAACUGAAGAAGCGCGGGACAGAUAGAUUGCGAGACGUGAGAGGUAAAGGGGUCACUUGAGGUUCGCCGCUGACUGUGUGUGAGAGGACUGUGAUCUGAGCAGACAGAGAUGUGGGUGUGGGCGUUGCUUCCCAUCUUUUUGGCAGUCGGGGGCACUUUGGGAAUAUGGGCAGUAUUUGGUAUGGCUGUAUCAAAUGGGACAGUCAAUCUUACAGUGGAAUUCCCCUACAUCAGUACGUGUGGCACCUAUAACCCUCAGAGCUGUGUCUUUGCUCAGAUCAUCAACAUCUGUGCUGUUCUGGCACUGUGGAUCGUUGUGUUGAGGUUCCAGCAGAUUAGGGACUAUGGACUGAACAGCAAGGUCAACAUCGCCAGCGUGGUUUUGGGCUUCAUCUCAGGACUAGGCAUCUCCAUCAUCGGAAACUUCCAGCAAUCAGUGGUGAUGGGAGCUCACCUGUUAGGGGCGUUCCUGGCCUUCUUCGUGGGGCUGGCCUACUUUUGGCUGCAGGUGUGGCUGACCUACAAGGCGGAGCCAGCCUGUGACCGCCGCUGGGUGGGUCCAGUCCGCGCAGUCUUCUGCAGCAUCUGCACCAUCCUCAUCAUCACCAUGUCCAUCCUGCACAACAACGACUACCGCUCGGGCGCCGCCAUUUGCGAGUGGCUGGCCGUCAUGGCCUUCUUCGUGCUGUUUGGCCUCUUCGCCACCGAGUUCCGACACAUCAACUGCCACCAGCUCACCGUGCAGAAGCAGGGUUCUGACAAGCAGCAGGGCAGGAACGGUGUGUUGGGGAGGAACGAGGUCGCCUGACACGCAGACAGUGACACACAACUACAGUGCACACUUGCAUAGUGCACACACACAUAGUGCACACACACGCGCAUCCAACUAAACACUUACAGGCUCACGGGUAAAUAUUCACACAGGCACUGUAUGAUGGCACUGGCCCCGUAUGAAAAAACUUGUUCGUUAUUACUAUUUAUUUGCUUAACAAAUGAAGCCUUCCAAUGACUAUGCAGAGAUUAGAUUAUGGAACUG